ACUUCAAAUAUAGAGUUUCACUCUUCAAAACUUCAGAUUUGAAGUUUUGAAAUUCCUUUUCGCAGAGCAAAAAAAUUUAUAUUUAAAGUUAUAGUGUCUUAGCGUUUGAUCUUCUCGAAAAAAUCUAGUUACCCGUAGGCUUUGGUAUAAGCUAUGUUUUCAGUGUAUUUUUCGAGUUUACGUCCAGUGUUCAUUUAUUUUCCUGCCGGUUCAGGCGUUUGUUUUUCAAUUCUGGUGCAGACAAAAGAUAACAAUCGAUCACUUGCGCCCAAAGCAAUUAUGUGGUCUAGCUUUCUGAGCCCAUGCAUGGGACCCAUGUUUUAGGUUUUAAUCCCAUCAAUUAAGUUAUCGAAUGAUUAUUUUUCUAUAUAAGUACAAAUGCAAAAUCUAGCAUAGAAGAUGCUAUUUUUUUUUUCACGUCAAACGAAGAUAUUUCUAUUCUUGAAUCCAUUAAUUAGCUAAAUGGUCAAAACACUUCUUAGCAUUCAAAUGGUUAUUACAUUUUUUGCUGACUCAAUUAAUACCUUUUUGUGAGAAAAUAACUAAAGACAACUAAAUAAAACACAUUAAAAGCUAGAUUAAAUUCGUACUAGCGUUUUCACAAACAUUCAACUAUGUUUACCCCAAAUUCAACAACACUCAACGUGUAACGUCACAGAAGCUUUAUCUCACAAAUUACCAUUUUCUUUACUUUUUUUUUUUGGAAAAAGGGCAUCUAUUUUCUCUACUUGAAUUUCAAUCUAUUUAAAUUUACAACAAAAUUAUACAGCUUAUAAAAAUUUAAAAGGAAAAACUUUCAAGUGUCUUGAACUAUAUUUAGUACUCUAAAUAUUAAUAUAUAUUUUUUCCACAGUGUAAGUAUAGAUUUUGAAAUUAAUUUACUUAUUUUUCCGUACAUUAUUCAUGUUAAGACAUGAUAAAAAAACAAAAUGGUUAAGCAUUUGAGAAUUAAUGAUAAAUUAAGUAACAUUAAUGCUACUAACAAACUCCAAACGUUAGAAAUUUACUAACAAAUUAAUGGGUAUAGUAAAAACACACAUUAAAUAUCUUUCUUUCUUCUCAUACCUUACAAAUACGAGAAAGAAUAAAGCAAACACAAAAUCACACAAAAACACUUCACAUUUUUUACUAAUUAAUUAGUUUUUUUUUUCUCUUCUUUCCAAAAAAUAUGGAGAAUUACGUCGACGAGAGUGGUUUUGCUCCUCUAAACCAAACCAUCUUCGCACGUGAUCAAGAACAUAUGAAAGAAGAAGAUUUUCCAUUUGAAGUCGUUGACCAAUCAAAACCCACAAGCUUUCUUCAAGAUUUUCACCAUCUUGAUCAUGAUAACCAGUUUGAUCAUCAUCAUCAUCAUCAAUACCAUGGCUCUACAUCUUCAAAUCCUUUGUUCGGUAUCCAAACGACGUCGUCAUGUGCCAAUAAUGCUCCUUACCAGCAUUGCUCUUCUUACCAAGAAAACAUGGUCGACUUUUAUGAAACUAAACCACAGUUGAUGAAUCAUCAUUUCCAAGCUGCAGAGAAUCCUUACUUGACUCGUAAUCAUCAUCAAGAGAUCAACUUGGUCGAUGAUAAUGAUCAUAUGAACUUGGAACAAAACAACAUGAUGAUGAUGAGGAUGAUCCCUUUUGAUUACCCUCCUACAGAGACCAUCAACAAGCCUAUGAACUUCGUGAUGCCAGAUGAAGUUUCAUGUGUUUCUGCAGAUAAUAACUCUUAUAGAGCGAUGAGUUUCAACAAGACCAAGCCUUUUCUGACAAGAAAGUUGUCUUCAUCCUCGUCGUCAUCGUCAUGGAAAGGAAAAAAGAAAACAACAUUAGUCAAAGGACAAUGGACUGCUGAAGAAGACAGGAUACUGAUUCAACUUGUGGAGAAGUAUGGACUGCGAAAAUGGUCACAUAUUGCGCAAGUUUUACCAGGAAGGAUAGGGAAGCAAUGUAGAGAGAGAUGGCAUAACCAUUUGAGACCUGACAUUAAGAAAGAAACAUGGAGUGAAGAAGAAGACAGAGUGUUGAUAGAGUUUCAUAAAGAGAUUGGAAACAAAUGGGCAGAGAUUGCCAAAAGACUACCCGGAAGAACAGAGAACUCGAUCAAGAACCAUUGGAACGCGACAAAAAGAAGACAAUUCUCUAAGAGAAAGUGUAGGUCUAAGUAUCCAAGACCUUCUCUAUUGCAGGAUUACAUAAAGAGCUUGGAUGUGGGAGUGUUGUCUUCUUCUUCGGUUCCUGCAAGAGGUAGACGUAAAGAGAGUAGCAAGAAGAAGGAUGUUGUGGCUGUUGAGGAGAAGAAGAAGGAGAAGGAGAAGGAAGAUAAGUUUUACGGACAAGACAGGAUUGUGCCUGAGUGUGUGUUUACUGAUGACUUUGGAUUCAAUGAGAAACUGCUUGAGGAAGGAUGUAGCAUUGACUCGUUGCUUGAUGACCUUCCUCAGCCUGACAUGGAUGCCUUUGUUCAUGGAAUCUAAUCUGUUUUGGAUUUUUUCUAUUUCAGUUUUUGUUUUUUUGUUUUUUUUUUCAUACAAUAUUCCGCUAAACUGCUGAGUGAGAAGCAUAUUGACUGAUUUUUAUGGCGGAUUUCACUCACUUUUUCGGUCAGUUUUUCACCAGUUUUGCCAAUAAUACCUCAAAAUAAGAUGCAUUGUUUGAGUUACAUUUACAUUGUAUGUAAUAAUGUAUUCCUUUGAAAUGAAAAUGACACUCUAAUAUGAAUAUCUGAAAACAUCACUACUUAACUUGUGCACCAAGUAAUCAUACUAGACUGAACUCUUACUAACUUGUGCAUAAAGAAACCAUAUGUUACUUUACCUCUCACAGGUUGAAAAUUUUAUAUACUUUUGUCGAAUUUUCGAUAAAAUAUAUACAUAUAUCAAUCCUUAAACAAAAUACAAAACACCAUCUCUUAGCAAUCAAUCAAAAGACAGUUCUGAGAAAGGGAAGUUGUAUCAGUCCUAGAAACAAAAGGAUUGAUACGAACCCAAACAAGAGAAAACACAGAAGCAAGCAAGAUAAACCAAAAGAACAACGAUGGUGGGUGUUCUGUUAUGUCUUCCCAUAAGAUCUUUAAGGAAAGGAUAAGGAUGAAGAACGACCCAAAAGGCGAAGAAAAAUUUACCAAACAAAGGUCCCCAAGCUUCAUAACCUUUGUUUAAAGCAUCAGAGAAUCCAGCAACGACUCCAACCAAGUUAACUAUGAGAAGUGUUGUUGGAAGGGUCAAUGUUGGGAUUUAUUAAAUCCAUGUCCAACUCUAUAUUGUUUGAUUAGUACGAUACUGUCCACUUUGAACUUUAGGUAAGUCCGCAUAGAUUUACUUUUGAUUUACUUCUCAAAAGGCCUAGUAUUAAUUAGAAUUGGACAUCUCAAGAGUGUUGUCCAUUUCACUAUGUAAAGUUCACCGAAGUCUAAAUCUUCUUCCGCAGAUCUUUGCUUGUCUCCUAAGCCUCACCAUACUUUCUCCAUCACGUCGACCUUUAAAAUGUAUACAUAGUUUUAAAAUAAUUAGCAUAUAAAAUUAGGAGAAAGCCUGCUAUAUAUUGUAAUUAAUUUUUUUGUUUAUUUAUUGUUAAUAAAUGUCAAAUUUUGAAAACCUGGUGGUUGUAGUUUAGCUGACAUUCCUGUUGACGACUAGCUAUAGCAAUGAUUAUCAAACUACAUAUGUAGUAGUAUUUUAGAGUUCUAAAUGAAAAUGUAUAGAAGAAAAAUGUUAAAUACCAGAAGGGUGAAUCCAUAAUUUUUAAUCACUUUGCUUGAUAUAACAAAAAUUAUGGAUUCACCCUUCUGGUAUUUAACAUUUUUCUUCUAUACAUUUUCAUAUGUAGUAUUGUUUUUAUAUUACAUAUAAAAAAAGAUUACUCUGUGUUGCAGUUUUUCUAUGUAAAUUUAAAAUUUACUGGCCGCCAAGAAUAAAGUUAUAAAUGUAAGGGUGAAUUUGCCGAAUGGCCAAAUUUGAAAAAGAAAUUAAGUGCAGAGCAUUGAUUUUGACAUAAUUAAGUCCAUAACAAUUAUGUCAAGUUUUAUCCGGUACUACCUUUUUUUUGUUCAAAUUGCCAGUAAUAGAGAGAUAAAAUCGAUGAUAUCAACAAUUUGACACUCCACAAUUAAUUAUCACACGUAACACAACCAACACCACACUUUUGUUUUACACAUAAAUAUGCAUAUGAUUUUUCUAUACCAUAUCACUGAAAUAUAAUAGGAUUCAAAAUCCACUCACAUCUAGUAAAUACUAAACUUUACUCCAAACCUCAACUCCUAAAUACUAAACCAUAAACUUUAAACAUCACCCUUCCAUCUAAAUACUAAACCCAAAACUCUAAUUACUGAACCCUAAACCCAAAUAUAAACCUUAAACCCAAUUAUCAAAAUCUGAAAAUAGUAUAUAAUCCAAUCCUAAUUUUUGAAUAGUAUAGGACUAUAAUCCAACACACAACUCCUCAAUGCUAAAUUCAAAUCUAACUUUUGAAUACUAAACCCAAAAAUGCUAUCACUAAACCCAAACCUAAACUCCCACCUUCCAAAUACUAAACCCUAAAUCCUAAUCACUAAACCUUAAACCCAAGUAUAGACUCUAAACCCAAAUAGAAUGGAACAAAAUACAUAGUAUAGUACAUAUAGUUGUAAACUAGAAAUUGAUAAAUAAUGAAUUUAUCAAACAAUCGAUGGUACAAUAAUACAACAAUCGUAGCAUACUAUUUAGUUUGGUACUUGCGAAUGGUACAAAAAUAUAAGAAUCGUACUAGACUAUAAUUUUUUUUCACUACAUAUAGUAUAGUCGGCGAGUUCAUCUUCUUCACAUCUUCCUCUUUUUGCAGACAUGGUGAUACACACAUUCACUGGUCCAGAGUAAUUAUUCUUCACCAUACCAUAUCAAUACAACAUACUAUAACAAUUUAAAUAACAACGAAAAAAUCAAGAUCAACAACAUUAAACAAACUCAAAAAAGAAAAGAAAUUGUGACGUCACCUCGUCAUUCUCUACGGUGCCAUCUUCUCCUCCAAACUCAAUUCCACAAGCCCAGAAUCCAUGCUCUUUCUUGGUCUUGAGAUGAAGUGGUUUGUGUUCGUAUGUAUGAAAAAGAAACAUAGAUUGGAGGAAAAGAGGAAGAAGAAGAGAAAUAGAUGUGCACCAAUGAUAACCACAAUUUAUUAAAAUCAUUUAUUUAAUAUUUCUUUUAAUAAAUAAUUCUCAGCAGAUUACACAGGUUGAAUUGAAGGGUAAUGUAACAUUAUUACAUAAAAUACAUAUACUGUAGAUGAAAGUUAGGAGUUUUAAUUAUCUAAUGAAUUAUAAUUUGUUGGAAGGUUAUACAGUCCAAUUCUCCUAAACUUAAUAGCCUUUUGUAUCACUUCUCUGUUACAUUUCUUUCUGACUAAUAACUUCUCCUUUGAAUAAGUUGCUCAAUGCAUCCUUUAGAUGAUUCUAUUUUACGUUUGCAGUGUUAACAAAAAUUAACAAAUCAGUCUAUAAAAUACUAAAUGAUUUGGCUUUGCAAUUUAUUCUGGUUUGGUAGUGUCUCAAAUCAAGCCAUCUCAACUUCUUCUAGUAAAGGCUCGGAAAAAUACUAGAGUUAGUAAAGAGGUUUGAUAUUUGACGUCUCAGUGGAAACAACUCUUAUGUUUCAAAAUGACAUGAAAAUAAAAAAGAAGGCAAAAGUGGACGAUACAAGAAAUAAAUCAAGGCAAAUUAGACAUCUCUUAUUUUUUUCCCUCUUCCUUUGGAGUGCUUAUGGGGCUUGGAGUUAAUCAUCUCGAUGAUAUGAACCAAAAAGCUUACUUCCUUUUAACUUAAUCUCUCUUAGAGAUUAAGUUAAUUCCUGGAAGCUUAUUUAUUAUUAAUAAAAUAAUAUGAAACCCUUAUAUAGGGAUACAACUUUGUAGAAUAUGGAAAACUCUUAAACUAAUAUAAAAAGGAAAACUUCAAAACCAAUUAUUAAAUAGAAAAUUACCAAAACUCUUAAUGUAAAAUAUUCUAAUCUAUCUAACCAUAGUCACGUAUCAUUAUUCCCUUCUUCCAUUCGGAGCUUGUCCUCAAGCUCCAACUAAUGGUAUCUAGACAGCCAUAUGGUAGCAACCAUUUCUCUGACUCUCUGUUGUUUGAUUCUAUUAGGAAACUAUAUUUUACCACAGCUGGUGCUAUCGUUGAAUUUUUGGAGUUCAGAGAUCGUACAGAUUCUAACACGAGUAUGUUGUUAGAUUGUAAUACAACCAACAAUGGAUCUUGCUGCAAUAAUGUCUCUGACUCUAUGAGGUUAGACUCCUUUGGCUCCGAAAUUACAAGUAGUUGUAGGCUUUCCUUCAAAAUAAUCGUCUCCAACUCUGCUUGUUUUUUCAUCCUCUCUUGCUUCAACGUCGCUUGAAUGUUCUUCGCAAUCUCCAUUAUCUCACCAAGUUGUGCAAUCAUCUUGUCACAACUCACAGAUAUGGAUUUCCAGAAAUCCUUGUCUCCCAUCGGAACCUGGUUCUGAUACCAAGUUGAUAUGAACCAAAAAGCUUACUUCUUUUUAACCUAAUCUCUCUUAGAGAUUAAGUUAAUUCUUGGAAUCUUGUUUAUUAUUAAUAACAAGGGUCGACCCGCCCUACGGGCGGAUGAAUUGAUUUUUAUAAAAGACGUCACUUUGUAAAAAAAUCUUUUAUCUUAAAUUGGGUGUGAGUAUGGUUAUUGCGUACACCAAAUUGAAUUAUAUCACUAACUAAUGAUGACCAAGUUCUUAGUAUUGUUGGCUUUUUAAUUCCGAGUUGAAAGAAUUUAUAGUGUGUUAAGUUAUUAUAUGUGUUUUGGUGAAUGUUAGUAACUGAUAAUAUUAUCAAUUUUGUUUUUAUGUUUAGCUUUUUGUGUUUUUUUAGUUAUAUUUGCUUAUAUAUAAUGUAAUUAAUUGUGGUUAUAAGUUUAAUAAUAAAUAUAAAAUAGAAAGUAAGAAAUAAAGAGAAAAGGCAAGAAAAACAACAAAUGUAUUAUUUUGGACAAUCUGAGCACGGUACACGAAAAUGAGAAUCAUUUUAAAUAAAAUAUUGUGUCUCAAAAUGUAGGGCAUUUUAUGUUUAUUCAGAUCCAAUCAAUUAUGCAUUGGUAUCAGUAAACAUGGUUUAGAUCCGGUAAUAAUGAUUUUAGUGAAUUGAUAUUAUAUUUUUAAAAAAUCACGGUUUAUGGAUAUGGUAUGGUUUAUUAACUGAGCAAACCAAGCGAACCGAAGAUGUUGAUUUUAUAUAAUAUAGUAGUAUAUUUAAAGGGUUUAAUAAUAUACACAAUACAAUUUUAUUGAUAUUUGGUAAUUUUUUUUGCAUACAGUUAAGGCAAAUAAACAAAAUCUCUCUGUCGACAAAAUAUCUGAUUUAAUAUUUAAUUAUUUAAUAAUAUUAUGGUUUAACAUUUUAUUUUUAUAGUUUGUUAUUAUUAUUAUCUUAAUUGGUUUACUAAUUAUUUUUCUAUAUUUUCUAAUUUUUUGUUUUAUAUUUCAUAGGGUACUUCAAAAUUUUAUGCUCAUUGCAUAUAUAUAUCCUAACUAUAUAUAUAUAACUUUCCUUAUAGGGAUUUGUUAGUUAUACUUAAAUUACUCUUUCUAAUCAACCAUUAAAAUUUUCACUGUACAAUAAUUUAGAAGUUUGACUAAACUAUAAUUUUUGAUAUUAAAGCGUAAUUUAAUUUAUACAUAAAUACGUACGAUAAAAAUUCUCUUAUUGAAUGUAGUUAUAAUUUUUUUCUACCUUUCUUGCUAUAAUAUUCAUGAAAGAAUAUUUCAAGUAGACAUAAUAGUUUAUUUAAUUAAACAUGGAUUUUUUUUUUUAUUUAUGCUGGCUCUUUCUUUAUGGUGUCUUUGUAGUAUGCAUAUAAUUCUAUUAUAUAUUUUGUUGAUAUCUUGAUCCUUUAAAACAUAGUAUAUAUGUAAUGUGUGUCACAGACUCUUUAUAUGAAAUCUUAAAUU